AAAGUGGGGGAAAUGAAUAAAUAAAAAUUAUAAUAGUAAUGAUCAUAUCAGAAAGAAAAGUAAAAGAUAAGUGCAAAAUCUAUCCACUCCAAAAUCAAAUGCGCUUUGUUCUUGCUAAUACCAUAAACAAUAGCGGAAAAGGCAAAACACAGACAUUAAUUACAAUUCCCUUGUGUGCGGCGCUCAUCAACAGACACAGAGAAAGAGAGAGACGGGUACGGUUGGUAGUUGGUGCAUAUUUUGCUGGAGAUGUCGGGUGGCGGCUGUAGCAUCGUAUGGUUCAGGAGAGAUCUGAGGGUGGAGGAUAACCCAGCACUGGCUGCCGGAGUAAGAGCAGGUGCGGUGGUUGCAGUCUUCGUAUGGGCGCCGGAGGAGGAAGGCCACUACUAUCCCGGUAGGGUCUCGAGGUGGUGGCUUAAGCACAGCUUGGCUCACCUUGAUUCCUCCUUGAGGAGCCUCGGCACUUCUCUCAUCACCAAGAGAUCGACCGACAGUGUUUCUUCUCUUCUCGAGGUUGUCAAGUCAACUGGUGCUACUCAGCUUUUCUUUAACCACUUAUACGAUCCUUUGUCGCUUGUUAGGGAUCACCGGACAAAGCAGGUUUUAAGUGCCCAAGGCAUAGCUGUACGUUCCUUCAAUGCGGAUUUGCUCUACGAACCGUGGGAUGUUAAUGAUGAUCAUGGCCGCCCAUUCACAACUUUCACCGCCUUCUGGGAAAGAUGCCUUAGCAUGCCUUAUGACCCGGAGGCUCCACUUCUCCCACCUAAGAGGAUAAUUUCAGGUGAUGUAUCAAGGUGCCCAUCAGAUGCAUUAGUCUUUGAAGAUGAAUCAGAGAAGGGAAGCAAUGCACUUCUUGCUCGGGCAUGGUCACCUGGAUGGAGCAAUGCAGAUAAGACUCUGACUACAUUCAUCAAUGGACCAUUAAUAGAGUAUUCUAAAAAUCGUAGGAAAGCUGAUAGUGUUACAACCUCAUUUCUUUCUCCCCACCUGCAUUUUGGAGAGGUGAGUGUGAGAAAAGUAUUUCAUCUUGUUCGCAUCAAGCAGGUUCUCUGGGCCAAUGAAGGAAACAAUGCUGGUGAAGAGAGUGUCAACCUGUUUCUCAAGUCUAUCGGCCUCAGAGAAUAUUCAAGAUACUUGAGUUUUAACCAUCCUUACAGUCACGAAAGGCCUCUUCUUGGGCACCUCAAGUACUUCCCUUGGGUCGUGAAUGAAGGUUAUUUUAAGGCAUGGAGACAAGGUAGAACUGGUUAUCCAUUGGUGGAUGCUGGCAUGAGAGAGUUAUGGGCCACUGGCUGGCUGCAUGAUCGGAUACGAGUUGUGGUUUCUAGUUUCUUUGUGAAGGUUCUGCAACUUCCAUGGAGAUGGGGGAUGAAGUAUUUCUGGGACACACUCUUAGAUGCUGAUCUUGAAAGUGAUGCUCUUGGUUGGCAGUAUAUAUCUGGUACUCUCCCUGAUGGCCGUGAAUUUGACCGCAUAGAUAAUCCACAGUUUCAAGGCUACAAGUUCGACCCCAAUGGAGAGUAUGUACGACGUUGGCUCCCUGAACUUGCCAGGUUACCAACUGAAUGGAUACACCACCCAUGGAAUGCACCAGAAUCUGUACUCCAAGCUGCUGGAAUUGAGCUGGGAUCGAACUAUCCUCUUCCGCUUGUAGAGAUAGAUGCAGCAAAAGUCAGAUUGCAAGAAGCACUAUCAGAGAUGUGGCAGCAAGAAGCAGCUUCAAGAGCUGCAAUUGAAAAUGGAAUCGAGGAAGGGCUUGGAGACUCCUCUGAAUCAGCCCCAAUCGCCUUUCCUCAAGAUAUACAAAUGGAGGAAAAUCAUGAACCAUUGAGGAACAACCAACCUACUACAAUUCGCCGCUAUGAGGAUCAGAUGGUCCCAAGCAUGACUUCUUCUUUGGUGAGAGUGGAAGAGGAAGAACCUUCUUCGGACAUUCGGAAUUUGGCAGAAGAGAGCAGAGCUGAAGUGCCAAUGAAUGUGAAUACUCAAGAAGAAGAAAGAAACGCAUUAAACCAAGCUGUUCUUCAGACCGUUCGCAGCAACAAUGUGCCACAAUUUAAUACGCAAGUUGUGCUGCUAAAUGCUGCAGAAGAUUCCACCGCAGAAUCCUCUAGUAGUAGUAGGAGAGAGAGGGAUGGAGGUGUAGUUCCCGUUUGGUCUCCUUCGGCUUCUAGUUACUCAGAACAGUUUGUGGGUGAUGAAAAUGGCAUUGCAACUAGUUCAUCAUACUUGCAGAGGCAUCCUCAGUCCCACCAAAUAAUUAAUUGGAGGCGGCUAUCUCAAACUGGGUAGAACAUAAACACAAGAAGUGUAGUAGCUCAGAGGUGGAGACAAGUAUCAUGAACUCCUACGGGCCAAAGGGAUGGUGUAGCAGCAUCCCACAUACGUCUUAUACCACCAUUUCUUUUCACCCGUCUGAUCUGAUGAGCUGCUGACCUUCCAUGUUGUGAGAUUCUCCAUAAGUGAUACGGGCAGCUCAUCUGCUAGUCGCUUUCCUUUGUUGUUGUACCAUAUAUAUAUAUAUAUAUGGCUAUGCUGUAUAGUUGUAAGGGGAGAAGAGAGCCAUAAUAGGGUUGUGUAGUUAUCCAAUGAACCAGGUUUGUACUUUCAUUUUAUUAAUUAGGCUCAUAUAUUAUUCUAA